CCCCUCUCAUUAAAACGCCCUUCUCACCCAAUCUCACCCAAUCUCAUUAAAUCGCCCUGCUUUAACUCCCACAGUCGCACCUCCUCUCCUUCCCAAACCAUUCCGCCCAAUUCUUUCUCCCUUUUCUCCUAGAACCCUAGAUCUCUGCCCAUAUCUAAUGGAUCCGCACGACUAUUUCUUGGAUUCUAUCAUUCUGGAGACGGAAUUUCAAGAUGGUUGGGGUGAGGUCGAAGAUAUAAUCUCUGAUGAUAGCGAGGUGGAGGAGGUUAUCGCAAUCCAUAGCGAUGACGAGGUCAUCGUCAUCGAUAGUGAAGAUGAUGGUGUCGAUCCUGCCCCGAUCAGAGAAAUGCAGUGUUUUAUCAACAUUCAAUCUCAAGAAGAUUGUAAUUUUGUUGAUGGGAGGCAAGAGGGUGACGAGAUGGAGGAGUUUGAGAGACCUGGGUUUGAUUCUUCUCAACCUAUGUACUCACGCAUGCACCUCCACAUUGAUAUGCUAAACAUCUUACUUCCAAGCCCAGAUCCAGAUUUUUGGGCUUCAACGUACAAGCCUCCAAGAAGUGCGAUUUCCAACAAAACAGAAGAAAAUGAAGAGUACAGAUGCAAGGACAGCAGCCCGAAGAAAAUGAAGAGCAGCACGAAGAAAAUGAAGAGCAGCCCGAAGAGAAUGGAGCGCAGCCCGAAGAGAAUGGAGCGCAGCCCGAAGAUAGUUCAAGGACAGCAGCCCGAGGAAACGUGCAAGGAUAGCAUCCCGAAGAAAAUGAAGAGCAGCCCGAAGAGAAUGGAGCUCAGCCCGAAGAGAAUGGAGCGCAGCCCGAAGAUAGUUCAAGGACAGCAGCCCGAGGAAACGUUCAAGGACAACAUCCCGAAGAAAAUGAAGAGGAGCCCAAAGAGAAUGGAGCGCAGCCCGAAGAUAGUUCAAGGACAGCAGCCUCAGGAAACGUGCAAGGACAACAUCCCGAAGAUAGUGAAGAGCAUCCCGAAGAGACAGGAGCAAGAAAAUGAAGAACACAUAUUCAAGAAAAAAACCUGCUAAAUAAGGAAAUGAGAGGGACCUUUUAUAGGACUGCAAGGGGAAAGGUAGUUUUUAAAAUUUUGGGAAUGUUUGGGCGGGUGGUUUUCUAAAAAUAGGAGGGAAUUGGAGUGUUUUUUGGAUGAUGUGGUAAUGUAAUGAUGAUAUGAUGUAAUCAGCCCAUACUUGCCUACUGUUUUGGAUUGGAAAAAGUAAAAGUACUCCGUAUUG